GCUUCAGUGUAAUCCGCACACUGGAGACACAUUCAGAGCAACAACUAUCCUACAAACAAACAUCUUUUGCUUGUAACUUGCAGUGUUUUGGACCACAUAAACCCCAUUAAACGAGAGAAGAGGAGCUGAGAUUGUUUCAUUUUUUUGGAUUUCAAAAACAAGAACAAUAUUUUACCUGUGACUUCAGAAUAGUCUUCCUCAUCAUCAGCAAAUCAAAGGUGCAAAAAGGGAACAAAUCAUGAAGAAGGGGAAGCAGGUGGGUGAGGACAAUGAGCCCCCCAGUUAUCAGGAGGUAACUGCAGGCUAUGGGGAGAUGGAGGCCCAGUUCGCCUGGGACGACAAGACCAUCAGACGGACCUUCAUCAGGAAGGUCUACGCCAUUCUCAUGGUCCAGCUGUUCGUGACAGUGGCAAUUGUUGCUCUCUUCUCAUUUUGCGCACCUGUGAGGUUUUAUAUCCAGACUCAUCCAGGCUUGUACAUGGCGUCUUAUCUCAUGUUCUUAGCCACCUACAUCGCACUGUCCUGCUGUGGAGAGCUGAGGAGGCAGUUUCCUUGGAAUAUCAUUUUGUUAGUUCUCUUUACUUUGAGCAUGGCCUUCAUGAUGGGAUUUGUGUCGAGCUUUUACAACACCAAAUCAGUGGUUCUGUGUCUGGGAAUCACAUCUCUGGUGUGUCUUUCUGUCACCAUCUUCAGCUUCCAGAGCAAGAUUGACGUCACAUCCUUUCAGGGCGUCCUGUUUUCUAUGUGCAUGGUCAUGCUUCUCUGUGCCAUCACCCUCUCCAUUGUCGUCCCUUUUGGAUACGUUCCCUGGUUACAUGCCCUUUAUGCGGUGGGAGGAGCCAUUCUCUUCACUCUGUUCCUGGCAUUUGACACCCAGAUGCUGUUGGGGAACAAGCGCUACACCAUAAGUCCAGAGGAAUAUAUUUUUGCCACCCUCAGCCUCUACCUGGACAUUAUCUACCUGUUCAGCUUCCUGUUACAGAUCAUAGGAGGAGGCCGCGAGUAAAGCAUUUCUCUGAUACUGUACAUCUGUCUCUCAGCACAACUCUUAAAGGAACACGGCGACUUAUUGGGAAUUUAGCUUAUUCACCGUAAC